AUGCAGCACACCUCGAUGCGUUCGCAGCUCGGCAGCCGGGCCCCGGGGGCUCGUAUGGCUGCGAAGGUGGCACCCAAGGCUUCGCGCCGCACCCGCGUCACUGUCCGCGCCGAGAAGGUUGUGGGCAUUGAUCUGGGCACCACAAACUCGGCCGUCGCGGCGAUGGAGGGUGGCAAGCCCACCAUCAUCACCAAUGCUGAGGGUGGCCGCACCACUCCGUCGGUGGUCGCUUUCACCAAGAACGGUGAUCGGCUUGUUGGCCAGAUCGCCAAGCGCCAGGGCGUGGUGAACCCCGAGAACACCUUCUUCAGCGUCAAGCGCUUCAUCGGCCGCAAGAUGAACGAGGUGACCGACGAGUGCAAGCAGGUGCCCUACCAGGUCCUGGAGGACUCCAGCGGCAACGUGAAGAUCAAGUCCUCCAACGCCGGCAAGGACUUUGCGCCCGAGGAGAUCAGCGCGCAGGUGCUGCGCAAGCUGAGCGGCGACGCGGCCAAGUUCCUGUCUGACUCUGUGGACAAGGCCGUGAUCACCGUGCCCGCCUACUUCAACGACAGCCAGCGCCAGGCCACCAAGGAUGCCGGCAAGAUCGCCGGCCUGGACGUGCUGCGCAUCAUCAACGAGCCCACGGCCGCGUCCCUGGCCUAUGGCAUUGAGAAGAAGAGCAACGAGACCAUCCUCGUGUUCGACCUGGGCGGUGGCACCUUUGACGUGUCCAUCCUGGAGGUCGGCGACGGCGUGUUUGAGGUGCUCUCCACCAGCGGCGACACCCACCUGGGCGGCGACGACUUUGACAAGCGCAUCGUGGACUUUUUGGCGCAGGACUUCCAGCGCAACGAGGGCAUCGACCUGCGCAAGGACAGGCAGGCGCUGCAGCGCCUGACCGAGGCCGCGGAGAAGGCCAAGAUUGAGCUGUCGGCCCUCAGCCAGACGAGCAUCAACCUGCCCUUCAUCACCGCCACGGCAGAGGGGCCCAAGCACAUCGACACGCAGCUGACGCGCGCCAAGUUUGAGGAGAUGUGCUCUGACCUGCUGGACCGCUGCAAGCGCCCUGUGGAGCAGGCCCUGCGCGACGCCAAGCUCUCCAUCAGCGAGGUGCAGGAGGUGAUCCUCGUGGGCGGCUCGACCCGCAUCCCCGCGGUGCAGGACAUUGUGCGCUCCAUCGCCGGCAAGGACCCCAACGUGUCGGUCAACCCCGACGAGGUCGUGGCCCUGGGCGCCGCCGUGCAGGCCGGUGUGCUGGCUGGCGAGGUGUCGGACAUUGUGCUGCUGGACGUCACCCCCCUGUCCCUGGGCCUGGAGACGCUGGGCGGCGUGAUGACCAAGCUCAUCCCCCGCAACACCACCCUGCCCACCUCCAAGAGCGAGGUGUUCUCCACUGCGGCCGACGGCCAGACCAGCGUGGAGAUCAACGUGCUGCAGGGCGAGCGCGAGUUUGCGCGCGACAACAAGAGCCUGGGCACGUUCCGCCUGGACGGCAUCCCGCCCGCCGCGCGCGGCAUCCCGCAGAUCGAGGUCAAGUUUGACAUCGACGCCAACGGCAUCCUGUCGGUGACGGCCACCGACAAGGGCACCGGCAAGAAGCAGGACAUCAAGAUCACGGGCGCCUCCACCCUGGGCAAGGACGAGGUUGAGAAGAUGGUGAACGAGGCCGACAGGUUUGCGGAGGAGGACAAGAAGCGGCGCGAGGCGGUGGAGGCGAAGAACAGCGCCGAGGGGCUCAUCUACCAGACGGAGAAGCAGCUCAAGGAGUUUGCGGAGAAGGUCCCCGCCGAGCUGAAGGCCAAGGUUGAGGAGAAGGUCAAGGCCGUGAAGGACGCUGUGGCCGAGGACAACACCGACAAGAUCAAGGCCACCUCGGAGGAGCUGCAGAAGGAGGUGAUGAACCUGGGCGCCGCCGUCUACAGCCAGGGCGGCCAGCAGCAGCAGGCGCCCGGCGCCGAGGCGCCCGGCGGCGGCGCGGCGCCUGGCGGCGGCUCGGCGCCCGGCGGCAGCGGCAAGGGCGACGAUGGCAGCGUGAUCGACGCCGAGUUCACCGACAAGUAA